UUUGUGUGCCAUGGCUGCUGUUUGUUUGAAUGUGCCCAUUGUCAUGGAGAUAAUUUUUUAGCAAGAUUAAAUUGUGGAUAAAACAUGAUAUUGAUUUAACCCGUAUAUUCUGACCACAGGACGGGUAAAAUGUCACGGCAGCCAGUUUGGCGAACUAUUGGCAGUAUUAUUCUGAUAAAACAGCUCUUGCAGUGCCCAGUAUUGACCUUUUUUUAAAAUAAGCAACAAGCGUCUCUAAGAACUAAAAGCUCAUCGAUAAUCUCCAGAUAUCCGAGGCCACAUGAAUGUAUCACAGGACAGCACAGGAACACGGAAAUGGUCGUCACUCAUGUUUUGCUAAGGUCUUUCUGAAAGCAUGAAGGGUCUCUAAACAGUGAUACAGUGAAUAUAACACAUUUAUUUUUGUGCGAACCUGCAGCCUAGCACGCUUUCAGAUAACCCCGUGGAAAUGGCUCACCUGAAGGAAGCAUUUGUCAGCAAUCUGAAUGGGACCAGCCUGGAGGAAGUGGCACUGGGCACUUUUCUUGCGCCGCUGUUCCUCAUCAACAGAGGACUGGUGCUGAUUCUCUGUCACCAGGGCAGACGAGCUCUCCCUCUGCCGCUGCCAUGGAUCUCCCACCUCCUUCUCGACUUCUCCAUGCUCGUCCUGCCCCUCGUCCUCUCAUGCACCAUCCUCAGUGACGUUCUCCCCCAGCUCAUCGUGGGCCUGGCCUGUGUUUCAGGGUGUGUGCUGGGCUACAUCUACCACACUAACACUCCUGCUGCCUCUGCUGCUGGUGUUGCUGUGCGCCCACAAAACACAGUCCAGAGCUUUCUGCAGAGUCACGUCCAGCUCAACCAGGUUCCCUUCGUCACUAUCUUCCGAGUGCUUGUAAACGUAAAAACAGCCAUCAGCAUUUUAGCUGUAGACUUCAGCGUCUUCCCAAGGCGAUAUGCUAAAACUGAAACCUACGGGACGGGGGUGAUGGAUUUUGGUGUUGGAGCAUAUGUCUUCGCAAACGCCCUGGUCUGUCCGGAGGCUCGGCGGAAGAACAUCACAGGAUCCAAGCUGAACUACGUCUCCAAACAGCUCCUGUCUGUCUGGCCCCUGCUUGUGCUCGGUAUGGGAAGGCUGGUGAGCGUCAAAAUGACCGGCUACCACGAGCAUGUAACUGAGUAUGGUGUUCACUGGAAUUUCUUCUUCACGUUAGCCAUAGUCAGAGUUGUGGCGUCGAUGAUCUUGGCAGUGUUCCCGGUGAACCAGUCGUGGGUCUUUGCCCUUCUGCUCGGCGGUCUGUACCAGUUCACUCUGGAGGCAUCAGGUCUGAAGGCCUUUAUUAUCCACAACGACGACAGAGCGAAGAGCUUGCUGCAUGCCAACAAGGAGGGCAUCUUCUCUGUCGUGGGCUACAUAGCCAUCUACAUGGCAGGAGUUCAGAUUGGGCUCUAUGUGAUGCAGUCAAGAAGCCAAGUGAGGGAGUGGCUCAAAGUGAUGGGAAGCCUCUUGUUGGGAAGUUGUGUCCUCUACACUGCUUUGUACACAUGUGUGACACUCAUGGAGCCGGUGUCCCGGCGCCUGGCGAAUUUACCCUUCUGUAUCUGGACUAUCGCGCAGUCCUUGUUUUUUAUGUCCUGCCUCGGCAUAGCUGAUUUGAUUUUACUUUAUUCCCAAAGAACGUCAGGCUGUCACUUUGUCCCGUCGUCGUGGAAUUCACAGAAAAAGGAAGCAGAUUCCUUCGCUAACAAGAAGAGAAAGGAGAUGGAGGGACUUUGCCUGGUUCAAGCUGUCAGCAGGAACCAGUUGUUGUUUUUCAUGCUCGCUAAUGUGCUGACAGGUUUGACCAACAUGCUGGUGGACACCAUCAGCUGCAGUGACUCCUUUUCAGUGUGUGUUCUGCUGCUGUACAUGUUUACAAACUGCUCUGUAAUAUAUGGUUUACAUCGGUGUGAGAUCACAGUCAAAUUCUGGUGAAUUUUUCUUUUGCGAAACUGCAGUGUCACUUUGUGUAUUUUGAACUUUUCCAUGAGCUUCAGUGGAAAACACUGGACUUCAGAGCAAAUUAAAAGAGGAGAAGAGGAUUUGAGUUGUGAUGCUCAAAGUUGCCUUUGUACAUGCUGUGUAAUAUUUAUGUUUAUGUAUGCCUAUGCUAAUAAGAUUAUGUCGCACAAUCAGUAAGGAGUUGGGCUAUUACAAAUAAAUAUGUGGCCAGAAGACGUUCUUGAAUGAAUCACAUUUACUGGAUUUUCACUGCUGAAUAAUAUAGUCCACCUUUUAUAAACAGCAAACAAACUGGUAUUUUAAAGCCCAGUUCACUCAAAGGUGUGAGCCUCUCAUGCAAGGACUCACAACAACUGUAAUAUAACAUGAAUCGUGUAUGUCAUGCCUGUAAAAUUCACCUGUGUUUUGAAAAUACACCUAUAUUUGGUUAAGAAAAAAACACAUUUUCCAUCUAACAGUCAAACUCUUCAAUAGCAUUCAUAUAAAUGUCAGUUGUAUUAUCCAAGUGGAUUGUUCUUUAUUUUCAGUCUGAAUUUGCAAUCCUCAUGUUAAUUUGGCUGUGAGGGAACAUAGUUCAUGUUGUUUUUCUUGUUCAUGCAAUAAACUCUGGUUCUUCCUCAUUUUUUAAA